AUGUUCGGUCUGUUUUUCGUAGGCGUCACUGGACCUAUCACAUCAAGCCAACUUGUGCAAGUAGACCAAACACAUUGGGUGCUGGAUUGCAGCAAUAUUAUCGCAAACUACACUGAUCUUAAGGAAGUUGCGCUUUUCCUGCUGCCCGGAAGUGUUUUGGACCCUAACCUGGCUCUCGGCCUCUAUGUCAAGGCGGGCGCCGUCGGGCAAUGGGCGUAUAGAGGCUGUGUGCACAAUACCCAUCCCAGUGAGGUCAUGCCCCUGCAGUGGCCGCUGAACGACGAUGGCAGCCCUUUGCCUUCAAGCUUAGGACCCGUCCAGAUAGGCAUUUCCAUUGAGCCGGGCGAGCAGAUCAUUCAAAACGAGGGCAGCGCGCACGGCGCGAAGGAGGAGUUUGCCAAGAGGGUUGGCCUUGACCUAUUUCGAUUUCUCGAAUCAUUCCAAACGCAGCAGAUGGGCGAUCACAUUGUGGUCCCCGCCAAUGCGCUGGAUAGCCUUUCCACGUUACUAGAACAAACCUUGGAUGAGCUGCAGGACAAGAAUAUCAAGUGCCAGGGCGCUAUAGCAGCUGCCCGGAUGGCUGGAAAGGUGGAGCUCCAUGGUGUGAAGACCAGUCGCCUUGCAACCCUUGACCCGGGGUCCGUGCUGGACUCGCUGUCCACCUGGGGCUUGUAAUGGUGUGGGAUGGCUUUGCGGAAGUCUCCGUGUAUGCUAACGGCUUGGGACAUACGGUGCCGACUAUAGGAUUAGACGACAGGGUACGCGGAUACGUCUAAGGGCAAAUUUGCAGUCCAGUCUUGCCUCUUGGCGUGCCGCGGCCCUGUGAAGUAUCAGCUGUUCUGGUGGGUUCCUCCUGAAGAUGCUUGGGGUCAGGGCAGCGCAAGUACAUACGGCACAUGGCCGACAUGUCAUAUUCCAUGUCAAGGUCGGUAAUUGGCUACUGGUUACGGACUGCCUGCCGCCGAGAGCAAGGCCUGGUGUGCACGACAACACGCUGGACGCCAUGCGGGCUGCCUACCUUGCUUCUUUCCACAACCAUGGGCGCUUUUUGAUGUUUCGACCAGAGGCGAGCAUUGUGACGACAAGAGGCGAUGCUUGUUACAGGUGGUGAAGGAGCUGCCAGUCGUGAUGGAGCGUGAGGGAAUGCAUUCCCUGGUUUGAUAAUGUAGUAGCUACAGGCAGAGAGGCCACACAGAGGAAAAGUUCCCGGGGUAAGGGCCAUUUGGGUUACCUGAUAUCGAUUGACGCGUGGCCAUAGACGGAUUUGGGGCUCCAUGCGGGCCACAACUGCACACAUGCUUGCGGUGCUGAAUUGAGAGAUGGGGCGACGCGAGGGACCGCUGUUUGUUGUCGCAGCGUGCUUACAACCUCCAUUGCGCACAGAUAAUAUGGCCUUGGAAGGUCAGGUGUAGCCUGUUCUGUUGAAUUUUGACGAUGGUGAAUCUGACAUGUCGAUGAAAAGGGGGGUGCGAACAUCACCGACAUGACCGACCGAUGUAUUAAAAGAGAACAAUCGGCUGUUUAAUCGUUACAUUUUGUUUAAGCGCCGGGC